AUGGCCACCGACCUGGGCGCCAGGUAUUGGGUGCCGCUCGUGUGCAUGUUCCACGGAAACCGGGUGCGCGAGGUUCUACAGCUCGUCGCCUCAGACGUUGCGGUGCGCCAAGGCGUGUCCGUCGUCCAGUUCCGCGAGGAGAUGGAUGGUGAACAGGCUGCGAUGCUUGCCGCUGGCGUGGUGCGUAGCCUGAAGAACGACCCUAGCCGGCGCGUGGUGCCCUUGCAUCCCACGCUUUUAGCCUUGGGCUUCGCCGAGUUCGUCGAACAGCGUCGCACUCAAGCAGGCGCGAACGCGCUGCUCUUCCCAUCAAGCAUCCCCAAGCCGGGCGGCAAAGCUCCGAUGCUGGGUCGGUCUUACGAGCAAGCGUUUCUUCGCUAUGCCCGCGACGGCUUAGCCUUUGGGCGCGGCUUCGGCAACCACAGCUUCCGCCACCAGCUCGAAGACCGCAUCCGCGAUGCACAGCUUCCGGGACACCAGUGGCCGGCUGGCAUGGCGCAGGCCUACACCGGACGCAAGCGCGUGCGCAAGCAGGACGUGGGGCGUAUCGAGGUCGAGGGUAGCGAGUCGGCCUAUGGGCGGGGCCACAGCCCCGCAACGCUGCGCGACUACCUCAAGACCUUGGCGUUCGACGCUGUCACGUUGCCACCGCCAUAUGCGUCGUGGCUGCGCGAGGAAUAA